CUAAGCCAAGCCGGCUGAGCCAGGCUGCCUCAGCCUGGGGCUCCUGAGCUUCCUGGCACUUCCUGACGACAUUCUGAAACUGAAUUGUAUGAACACCAGCCAUGAACCGAAAGAAGCUGCAGAAGGUGACGGACACCUUAAUUAAAAGUUGCAAGCAUUUUAAUAAGUAUGAAGUGAACUGUCUUAUAACACUCUUCUAUAAUUUGGUGGGAGAUGUAGCAGAGAGGCCUGGGGUAGCCAUUGGACUAGAUCGUAAUGCAUUUCGGAACAUCUUGCAUGUGACAUUUGGAAUGACAGAUGACAUGAUUAUGGACAGAGUAUUUCGGGGUUUUGAUAAAGACAAUGAUGGCAGUGUCAGUGUAUCAGAGUGGAUUUAUGGAUUAUCACUGUUUCUUCGGGGGUCUUUAGAAGAAAAAAUGAAAUAUUGCUUUGAAGUGUUUGAUCUGAAUGGUGAUGGCUUCAUUUCAAAGGAGGAGAUGUUCCAUAUGCUGAAGAACAGCCUUCUUAAACAGCCCUCGGAGGAGGACCCUGAUGAAGGAAUUAAAGAUUUGGUUGAAAUUACACUUAAGAAAAUGGACCAAGACCAUGAUGGGAAGCUGUCCUUUGCAGACUAUGAGAAGUCUGUGAGAGAAGAGACUCUUCUGCUGGAAGCCUUUGGGCCAUGCCUGCCUGAUCCAAAGAGCCAGUUGGAAUUUGAAGCCCAAGUAUUCAAAGAUCCACAUGAUUUUAAUGACAUGUGAACUCCUAAAUGUAUUGUGUUGACUAAGUACAAAAGGAGCCACAUUAAGUUCAUCUGUUCUUCUCAGCUCAGAAGAUGCUGUGGUGUGAUUCAAUUUACUUGUAUGUAUUUUAGUUCAGUACAUCCUCAAAGAUGCUGGGUUUGGCAAGAGAGGUUGACAUUGCUAAAGCUAUUUUACCAUAUGGACUCUGUUAAGAUACAUACCUGUCAUAAACAAAAGCAAUGGACAAAUUAUGUGGUCAUCACUUAUGGAUACAAUCUUCACACCAGAAAGAGUUUGAGUACACACUGAAAUGUUAUUGAAACUACAGACUUUCCUUUAUAGCAAUAUAUGAUGAAGAUGGUACCAAGCAAUAUAUGAUGAAGAUGGUCCCAAAAGAAUAAGAACACUACAGGCACUGAGGACUACAGCAAGAUGAAGGACACACGGAGUCUAUUUAAUAUGCUUUUUUUCUGUUACAUGAGGCUUUAUUUUACUAGAUCAUAAGCACUAGAGGGCAAAGAUUUUUGUCACACACAUAGCAGUUAGCUUUUUGCAUGCAAUAGGCAGGCCCUCAAUAAAUAUUUCAAAUUGAAUUAAAAACAGAAAAUUGCAGCACAAUUAUCCACUGUUCAUGAGCAGAGAGAAGUCGCCUCUGUUCCAUGAGCCCAGAUUUCAGUUCAUCUCUGAGAGCAUGUUUAACCUCUGCAUUGCAGACAGAUUCUAAGGCCCUCUCCGCUCUAGCUUUUAGUGUCACACCACUCUAACUUUGCUGUAGUUCGUUUACCACCACCAUAUGCAACAGAAUGUCAUGGUUCCACAUUGUGUGGGUGCUCCAUAUACAACACAUUAUCACAGGUCAUGUCAUAUUGCAUAAUAAUGGUUCCUGCCUGCUGAGGCAAGCCGAUGACAUCAUGUGAUACUGAAGGAGCCCUCUCCCCUAAGGCCUCUGUGAGCUCCCUUCUGUUCCUUGAUACUCAUAGAAGAGCAAUUGAGAAGGGUAACAAUAUGGUACCUACCCCUUAUGUGUACAAUCUCUAAAGAACAUGUGAAAAAGUAAAGCCCCUUACUUGUUAUAUAUGCAUUAUUAAGUUUACACAAAGGUUAUAUUGUAUACAACAAUUGGCUGUUACUAAUAAAUGCAACAAGCAAUUCUAUGAAAUUAACUGUACUGAUAUAAGGGACUUUAAAUGGGUAGUCUUUCUAUUACAGUUACAAAUAAUAAAACACAGUAUCCUUUCUAUUUCUAGCUUUAUUGAGAAAUAUCAGACAAAAUGAUGUGUAAUUAAGGUGUACCCCACAUAUAUGUUUGCAUAUGACUAAGUAAUCAUUAUUUAAAGUAACAUCUGUCAACACAUAUCUGUCUUGCUUGAAUGUAGUCUGCACUCAUGGUAAAUUUCAGCUUUAUCGACUGUAUCUUCUAUUGAAUAACUGAAACCAGGUAUACCUUGACUAAUAUCCCCUCCUUUUCACUUACUGGUGGUCACAGUCACUCACCACCCUACUUUCUGCAGCUGUGAGAUUCUUAGCUUUAAAUUCACAUUUUUAAAAAUGAGAUUCUGCAGCUCUCAUUAUCUUCUGUGUAUAGUAUUUUCUACUUCAUAAUGUCCAGUUUAUCCACAGUGUAACAAAUGAUAUAAAAUCCCAUUUUAAAAGCUGUAAAUGUAUAUAAAAUAUAUGGACGUA